UGCACGACGAGCACAGCGUCGAGCUCGUAAACUUGUAUCUUGACCACCAUAACGAUUGAGAUGAGUACCGACGACGCGACAUCCUCCACCAUCAAACCUGUACCGGCGCCGUGGGCAGUAAAGGCAGAAGCAUGGUGGUUUGUUACCUCGCUUGGACAUAAGACAGAGCCUGGGGAAUCGCUGCCCAUAAGCUACUUUCCGAGCAAGGAAACACAGCUGUACAAAGCUAGCACGGAACAGGAUGCGUUCCGUGGCGGACGGGGUUCAAUCACCCUUAUACGCUACACGGAGAGUCCCAUAGGACCUUUCGAUGAACUCGCAAUCGCCCCAGGCGAGUUCGUGAACCCGUACCAGAAACCAUCACAUCGCGUUACGCGAGCAUAUGUCUCCACCCCAGAAGCACUCGUCAACGGGCGGAAUAAUUGGGGCCUCCCCCGUGAACUCGCAGAAUUUGUGUUCACACCCUCGCUGGACCAUCCAGACGCGACAGAAGUCCGCGUCUUCCCCGCCACCUCGCCCACAACAUUUGCUUCUGAGGCGUGUUUCGCGGCCCUCGUCAAGCCCGUCCCAUGGGUCCCCUCCAUCCCCGCCAGUCUCGCCGUUUUCCCGCGAGUCACGCUGUGUCAGCCUCCGUUGGAGGCAUUGCCCGACAGCGCUAUGGGCAGGCUCGUCGAGAUCCCGCGAUGGCAUCUUAUGGAGUGCAACGAAUACAGCGGACGCACGAAGCCCUUCCGGUGCGAAGGGUUGUUGGCCCCGGCCGAAGGCGCGCCUAAUGAGGACCCAGAGGUGGCGAAGAAGCCGGCGAAGAAGAGGAUGGCAGAUGGUGUCGACUUUCCUGACGUCGAACCGUAUAGCAUUGGGGUGUAUUGGAAGGAAGUUUCGAUGACCAUCCCGCGGGCGGUGCCGCUUGCGACGUUGUGAUGUGUUGUACUGGGAGAUGGUGUACUGUGUUUGUUU